AUCGAUUUAAGGUUAUGUUAUAAUUUUUACACGGUAUUUUCAAAAUUGAUAUUUAUACGUAUAUAACAUUUUUUUAUUUCGUAUUAUUAAGAAGUUUUGUUAUGAAAGGUAUUCGAAAUUUGUCUGCUAUUAAAUCUAAACUGAUAUCUAAUAGUAUUGAAGAUGUACGUGUUGAAAAAGUUUUGAAAAUUUCUUUAAACGGUGAUUAUGCUACAUUACAAUAUGAAAAAAUAGGUGAUAAUACGUAUGAUUUAAUACAUACGAAUAUACCUGAACAGUAUCAAGGUUAUGGACUUGGAACGUUAUUUGCUAAUAAAAUAUUUGAAUACUUGUCAAACAAAAAUGCAAAAUUCAAGUUGACUUGUGAAUUUUUAGAAAAAGUAUUUAACGAAAGUGGUGAUAAGUAUAGAAACUUUGUUAUACCAAAAUAGUUUGUAAAUAUUGAAAAUUAUAUAAGUUUUUAUCUA